AUGGCAGACACUAAACCCUUCCAGCUUGGAGCAGCCUGCGCUCUCGCCUUUUUCUCUGUCCUAAUCUGUUGGGUUAACGCAGCUUCCUUCCAGCAGCAUCAGCUGCUUCAGAAAGAUCCAGACUAUGUAAUGAAAAACUUGCAAAGGUUCCCAAAUCCCGAUAUGAUCAAAGCUUUGGAAUACAUAGAAGAUCUUCGCAAGCAAACAAACAAGGGAGAAAGCAGCCCUGACUACAACUCUUAUCAAAGUGUCCCAUAUCUCCUGCAACAAAAAGAAAGCAAAGAUCAAGUUCACCUACCAGAUAAUGUAAGGGAUUCUUUGACUGAAGACGAGUCCCAGUGGGUUAAGGUCAUGUUGGAAGCCUUGCGGCAAGCUGAGAAAGAGUCAAAAGUUGGCCCAAAGGAGAAUAAACCUUAUGGUCUGAGUUCAGAUAACUUUCCAGCUGGAGUAACUGAUGAUUAUGAGGCUUACAAGUGGCCUGAGAGGUGGCAGAAGUAUCUCAAAAUGCCACUCGGGCACCACGAAGAUGGUUCGAGAGACAGUCCUUUCAAGCGUACUAACGAAAUAGUGGAAGAGCAGUACACACCCCAAAGCCUCGCUACACUGGAGUCUGUGUUUCAGGAGCUGGGGAAGAUGGCAGGACCUAGUAACCACAAGAAAGAAAGGCUGGAUGAGGACCAGAAAUUGUAUGCAGAUGAUGAAGAUGAUGUGUAUAAAGUGAAUAACAUUGCCUAUGAAGAUGUUGUUGGAGGAGAAGAUUGGAAUCCCGUGGAGGAAAAGGUGGAAAGUCAAACCCAGGAAGAGAUAAAAGAUAGCAAAGAGGAAAUUGAUAAACAUGAAGAGGAGAUUGAUGACGAGAUUAAAAGAUCGGGGAAACUCAGCUUCCUUGAGGAUGAAAUAAGAAGAGACAAUAAAGAUCAAAUGUCAGAGGACGUUUCAAAGCUAAUGAAUUAUUACCUGAAGAGGCUGGUGGGCGGUGCUGGGAAUAGAAAACUAAGGACUGGAGGAGAACUUGAGGAAAAAAGAGCACCUAUGUUUUUGGAUAAACAAUUAGAUCCUCAGUCUAUAGCUCAGCUGAUAGAAAUCUCAAGGAAUUUACAAAUACCUCCUGAGGAUUUAAUAGACAUGUUGAAAGCUGGAGAAAAAAAGCAGCUUCAGAGUGAAAGGUUGGGAGCAGAGCAGGAAGCAGAAUUCCCAGAAGACCUCGACGAGAUCACUGAAACGAAUCUAGGACAGAGCGAUAUAUUCAAAAAUAAUGGAAACUCUAAAAAUGGGUACAUGAAGCAACCUCUUAAUGUUAUUCCAGAAAACCUACCUGAAGACCUCAAUAUUGAAGAUAUUGUCAGUCUUCUGGGAACUGACAAUUUAGCUAAUCAGAAUCCCUCCUACUUACUAAAUCGUCUUAAUCAAGAAAAUGAUUUGCCAAGACUGUCUUACAUUCCCAGAAGAUUGAAGGCACACCCGUUUCCUAAAACUGCCUGGAUGAGCGAUUUGGAGAGGCGACAAAUGGAGCUGGAGAAACUGAACGAGAAGGAUGAAGAACUGGCUGAUUACUUGGCAAAGGUGUUGGCAAAAUAUCCUGAAGUUGUCAAUAUGAACCAAAUGAAACGAGUCCCUGUUCCAGCUUCUGAAAGCGACCUGCAGGAAGAUGACCAACUGGAGCAGGCCAUCAGAGAGCACCUAAGUCAGCUGGGACCACAGGAGGCCGCGAAGUUGGCGUCACUCAGCAAAAGGCUUUCCAUGGUUGGAGAACCCGACGACACGCAGAACAGGCAGUAUCUGGAUGAGGAUAUGCUAGCAAAGGUGCUAGAGUAUCUAAAACAGGAGAAAUCGGAGGUUGAAAGAGAUCACAUUAGUAAACGAGCAAUGGAAAAUAUGUAAUUAUCCCCCAAACAUGAUUUCUCUUCAAUGUAUUGACUUCUAUCCCAAUUCAGUUGUGGUUUAUUCCUGCUCUCCCACUAAACAACCUAUGGUAGACUACUUACCAUUGAACAUAUCUUUCUCAGAGCUGUUAUAUUGUUUAUUGAUAUACUUAUAUAUGUUAUAAACAAACAAAUUGCUUCAAGUGUUUUAAGAAACAAUUUAAUGAAGACAAGUAAAAAUAUAAUAUGUAAACAAAUGACCUUUGCAUUGUUAAUAAAACCUGAUAAAUGAAGAGUGACAAUUAUAAUUUGAAAUUUUUAAGAUUAUUAUUUUGUUACUGUCUGUAGUGGUUUUUGUGGAGUAUCGAAUAAAAAAAAUAAAGCAUUAUAUAUAUAGUUUUAUUUACAAGGUUUUUUCUAUUCAGUGUUUUACUGAUGAAUAAAUUAUUUCUGGACAA